CGCCCCGCAGUGGACAACGCGGUGACAGAACCAAACACACUCCACUGGAGCAGCGGCAGCAGUAGUGACAGUUGAGGCAGAACUGCAGGAGCUGCAGAGAAGUGAACGUGUGUGAGGGAAGGAGGGAAGCUAAACUACAGAAAAGACGGAGGAAAGAACAGGAUUAUGUUUGUUAAAAUGUUUGACAGUUGAACUUAAAAGUUGUAUAAGCUGAGAACAGCCGACACGGAAGAUUUAAUGGAAGUGUAAAGAGAGACGGAGCGGGUAUUGCAGCGUGGGUUUGUCGUGAAGAACAUCUUGUUUGAGGGAAGAAGACCGGAAAAGGUCCCAGGUCCUGGGAUGACAUCCUUUUGCCUUUGCCUCGUCUGCCCUUGUACUCUAGGAGGAGUACACUGGACAAUACUCUGAGACUGUGUAGUUUGUCUGACACCAUUGAGCUGUCAUGGCUCUGGUCCAGGCACUACCUUUGACCGUGACUGACCACCCCAGCCCUGGUGUUGAAGUCCAGCAGUGCCGGCCACGGCUCACCCACUCCCCUUCAGGCCCCUCCUCUGCCCCCUGUGUGCCCUGCACCUCUGGCACAGCCAUGGGUUCCGUCAGCAGUCUAAUAUCAGGCCGGACCUACCACGAGAAGCACUGCAGAGCUGCCAGUGAAUUCAUCACCAAACCCCGGCGCUCCACGCCAGCUACCAGCUGCUUCCGCCUUCAGGAUAACACCCUGCGCAGUGGGAGCUCUUUGGAGCAGCUGCUGAUUAUCAGCAACCCAACACAACCUCAGGCUCAGGUUCUGCCUCCACCGCUGCCCACCAAAAAACAGCCUCAGUCCACUAAAGUUGUCGGAGCAGUAGGGGGCAGCACCAAAGGGAACUUUGGGUAUGUGAACGACAAGGCGGUUGUCGGGGAUUGGAACGACAACUCAGUUGUUGCAGCAACUAUAAGUCCAUGCAGUGACUCUGAGGACCAAAGGGACAAUAAGACUCUGAACGGCAACAUUGGAGGACCCCCACCCAAACUCAUCCCUGUGUCUGGACAGUUGGAGAAGAACAUGGAGAAAGUACUGAUCCGGCCUACAGCAUUCAAACCCGUUGUUCCCAAGAAUCGUCACUCUGUGCAGUACCUUCCCUCACGACCAGGGGGCGGCACUAUUUCAGAGAGCCAAGCAAGUCUCAACCUGCUGCUACCACUUGGGGAGGCUAACGCUGCCAGCAGCACGAACGUUAAUGGCGGUUACAGUUCUGAAGGAAAACACAGUUCCUACGGUGGUGGUCGGAACCCCCAGAGCAGCCAGUCCUGCUCCAUGUCCGACUCAGGGAGGAACUCCCUCUCAAGCCUCCCUACUCACAGCAGCACCGGCUUCAGUUUGGCUCCCAGCGAGGGCUCCAGCUCCGGGUCGGGGUCUGGAGGUCAAAUGGAGCCGGUCACUGGCCUGAACCGUAACGUUUCAGGUGGAAACGGUAGCCAUGGUCAUUCAAACUCGGACAGUGGACGUUCCUCAUCCAGCAAGAGCACAGGCUCAGGGUCAUUAAGUGGGCGCGGGCAGCCCUUGUCAGACAGUGGGUCUUGUGGUCACUCCCCACCACCGGUGGAGGGCUAUGAGGUAGUGGUGAGGGAGCUGGAGGAGAAGCUGAGGGAACGAGAUCUGGAGCUCCAGCAGCUGCGGGAAAAUCUGGAUGAGAAUGAAGCAGCCAUCUGCCAGGUGUACGAGGAGAAGCAGCGUCGCUGUGAAAGAGAGAUGGAGGAGCUGAGACAGAGCUGUGCCACCAAGAUGAAGCAAACCUCACAGAAGGCCCAGAGGGCUCAGCAGGUGCUUCAGCUACAGGUGUUCCAGCUGCAGCAGGAGAAGAAGAAGCUGCAGGAGGACUACUCCUCUCUGCUCCAAGACAGAGAGACACUGGAAAGGAGGUGUGCCACUAUUCAGAGGGAGCAAACCCAGCUCGGGCCACGUCUGGAGGAGACAAAGUGGGAGGUAUGUCAGAAGUCGGGGGAAAUCUCUCUCCUCAAACAGCAGUUGAAGGAGAUCCAAUCAGAGCUGAGUCAGAAGGCUGGAGAUAUCGUUGUUCUGAAGGCUCAGCUCAGAGAAGCCCGGUCUGAGCUGCAGGCCAGCCAGGCUCGAUCUCAGGAGGCCCAGACAUGUUUGCGAACGCGCUCCCUUGAACUGGAAGUCUGUGAAAAUGAACUCCAGAGGCGCAAGAGUGAAGCUGAGCUCCUGCGGGAGAAGGUGGGCCGUUUGGAGGAGGAGUCAGUUCGACUCAGGGACACUGCAUCCAAUCAAAGUGGACACUCUCUGCCCGGGAACGCAUUUGUGAAAGGACAUUGCAUGAACCCGACUCUCCCUCACGUUAGAGGAGUAGCAGGAAGGGGCGGUCCUAGUCCCUCUGUGUACCGCGAUGCGGAGGAGCAGUACGUGAUGUGGGGAGGAGAGAGUGACGAAGCCAAAGCUCAGAGGCAGAACACAGAAACAGUUCUGUCACUCAGGCAGCAGGUGGAUAGACUGAAGGCUGAACUCAUGUAUGAGAGGAGAACCAGUGAGGAGCACCUUUCCCGGUUUGAGGACGAGAGGAGGGUGUGGCAGGAAGAAAAGGAGAAGGUGAUCCGAUACCAGAAACAGCUGCAGCAGAACUACAUCCAGAUGUACCGCAGGAACCGGGAUCUUGAGCGGGUGAUGAGAGAGCUGAGUCUGGAGCUGGAGAACCGGGACAUUGAAGACUAUGAGGUUCACAGUGGCAGCAACGACAUUCACUUUGAGGAAAUCACCGCCACUGAGAUUUAGACCCACGCUCACAGUUAAUAUUUGCACGUAAAGACACACGCACGGGAGCAGAAAUCACCAAAAAAAAAAAAUCUGACUUUGACACAGGAUUCUGUAACAUGGCUUUACCCGGACCGCUGAGUCAGCAUCCAGCACUCAUCACUGUCUAAACGGCGAUCACUGAAAGGGUGACUUAACUGGGUUUAUCCCCUUCUACACAGCCAGCACAAAGAGUUCUUUUGUUCCUCUGCAGGUACACAAGCAGAGGAUACUUUUAAAGAACGCACACAAAUCAGGGUACAGAACUUCAAAGGGAAGUUAAAGCAAAAAAUAAAAAAAUAAAUAAAAAUGUCACACAAGCAGCACUCUGGUGCAGUACACACAUGGUGAGACACCGGGCCACCAGCAUGCAUGUUAUAGCAUCAUCACAUAGGAUUAGAAAUGUCAAGGCUAACAGCUGUCUGUAGAAGCUAGAGUUUGGAACAUCGAAAUCCUUCAUUGAAACAACAAAAAUAUUGUUGGAUGAUUCAGGAUGUUCAAGCUGUGGUCUGUGGUCCUUACUAAGUACUCCAGUGCACAGCUGAUUCAGGCUGGAUUUUGUUGGACUGAAAUGUUGGACUCUUUCCUUUACUGACGACUCGUUGUGUUAAAGUUAAGCUCAUUGAUAACAUUAACAACUUCCUGCGAUUCUAAAAGUAACUCUGAAAGGAAACAUCACGUGAAUGUUUUACAGAAGGGCUGUUUUAUUAUAAAUUCACUUUUACAAAAACAAAUUCAACCUCUCCACAGAUUGGGCCUCUCUGAGUGUGCUUCUGGGCCACAUCUGGCCCCCAGGCCACUAUUUAAUUAGCAGGUUCUAUAGUGUUCAAUUGGCUGCUUUUUUUUUUUGAGUAUUAAGUAAUAAUUAUUGCGACUGUUACUACUUCACAGACAUGCUGUGUGAAGUGUCAUCAAAAUCAGCUCUUUAAAGAAGAGCUGUUAUUUAGAUUUUUUACACUUUUUCGCCAACAUUUUUGGUGUUAAAAUCCACAACUCAACUAGCCAGGUUUUCCAUUCUCUUCUGGUUUACAUUGACAUUUCAUAAAGGAAUGAUGCAACUUAUUUUAAGGAAAGGCUUCGUGUGAAAGCUGCUGGUGUUUUCUAGACCACCAACGGGGGCUUCCUGCUGCCCUCACCCAAUGUGUGGACUCUGUCAUAAACAUUUACGUUUCAGGAAGCAGGCAUCGGCACCGGGAAGCUGUAAAAAUUCUCUUUUGUCUUCUGUCUUCCUCCACUUCCACCUGUGUCUCUUCGUUUAAUUACUGAAAAGAACCUCAGUGAUCCACAUCAGGAAACUGAAAAAUAGAGCAUAUUGUUUGAUCUGUCGAUCACAUCAGUGAUUCAGAUUCAGCCUGUUCACAGUUUACACUACACUACUCUUCGUUUGGCUUCUAGCAGCCGUACAACACCAGUUAUCUCCGUCUUCCUCGUCUGCCCUCGACGAUAAUCUUCUGUGAUUGAUACACAGGUGGAGAGAGGGAGAGGAGAGAGGAGAGAGUGGCAUGUCUGCAUGACUCCGUUAGAUCGCAUUUCAGCCAGAAGCUCAGAUCACAUUGUGAUGAAAAUCUGCAGAUGCAGUAGCUCCAGCACUGAAUGUCCUCGAGGUAGGUCGGCCGUUAGAGACCUAAAUAUAACCUGAUGAGGAGGAUGUGGGUCCCUUUGUUUUCUCACAGCCGCAGUGGGGGAAAAAAAAAAAAGUGUGGAGGGCCAGUGGAUUGAAAACCUUUAUUUUAUUGUAAGAGUCGCAGAAUUAUAGUUAAAUGGAAAAAUCUAUAAAUUGAAGGAGAUAUUGUAUAUUUUUAUAAAUAUAUAUAUAUAAAUAUAUAUAGUAACUGGAGAUAUUUUGUCGUAGUACUGGUUUAAGUGUGGGUUUAAUAUGCAAAGUAUAAAGACAUAUAUAUGAAUCUAUAUCACAUGCAGAUAUUUUAGCAGCAGAGACAGAGUGCACCUACAGUAAUACUGUCACGCAUGAAAAUCUGUUUACAUGAUUUAAUCUGUGGGACGCAAACACAGACUGUCUGAAGACCACAGUUUGCAGAUGGUGACUUUGGUUUUUGGCUUAGUUUUUAUAGGAUUUUCUUCUUUUUUUUUUCUUUACUCGUCACACAAAUCCAUGUCUUCACGGGUGCACAUUAUAUCGUCAUAAAUGCAUGAGACUAGACAUCGUGGAGGUUCAAGAUUAGACCAUUAAAGUGUUACGUCUGCUGUGCUGGGAAACUCAAUCAAACUCCUUUUAAACAGGGUUUGAACAGCUUGUUUUUGCAUGACGCUAUGGUUUAGGUGUUAUUUUACAAUAUUAAAAGUCUGCACUGUUCAUACAACUGUCACCAAGUCAUAGGGGGUGACUUUGAUCGGUUUAAUUAGGUUUUGUUUUACUGUUUUAUCUUUGUCAACACUUCAUUUCUACCCACCGUAGCUGCAGCAGUGGAACAGGUUGUAAGAAAAGUUCUGCUGUUUUCAACAGGAUGUGCCAUCGUUUGAGAAAAUACUGUUAGUAGGAAAAUGGGAAAUAUAGGUCACAUUUUUUUUAUUAUUAAGUUAUCCUAUUGUUUGUGAGCACACCCUCAAUAAUACUAGCCUAACAUCAAGUGGUAGACUAUUGGAUUUUGCCUUUCGCCUCCUAUAUCGUAAGUGCUCAAAAUGUUGUUACAAGUGCAAUGCAACAUGGAUUAGUUCCUCUGUUUACACCAUUGUAGGCUGCAGCGUGAAACAUGAACCAACAUUUUGACAACUUAACAUAUUGGCUUGUAAUACAGUCUUGUUCUGUGUAUUUCUCACUGAUUGGUCCUAAUGGCAACUGGAGCCCGUUCUCUACCAUCAUUAGGACUGUAAUACUAUACACCUACAGUAGUUUCUAGUAAGAAAGUGGUUAAUAUAACAGGCGUAGCAUUUGUAAUGAUAUUUUGAGCUUCCUUUAAAAAAAA